GCCAUAUUGCGCUCAACUGUGUUAGCAAUCCUGGUGAGGCAGUGCUCGGAAAUAGAGCUGCGCAAUUACUAAGCACGCAAGGCAGUACAUGGACGCCAUGGCAAGCCCCGUGAAAGACAACUGCCGAAUGAAGAGUUACAAGAACAAAGCGCUGAAUCCGCAGGAAAUGCGCAGGCGAAGAGAAGAAGAAGGGAUUCAGCUCCGAAAACAAAAGCGGGAGGAACAGCUGUUCAAGAGGAGGAAUGUUUCCCUUCCUGUUAAUGACGAAUCGAUGUUGGAAAGUCCAAUUCAGGACCCUGAUAUCAGCUCAACGGUACCUGUUUCAGGUGAAGGGGUGAUAACACCUGAAAUGAUUCAGAUGAUUUUCUCUGAUGACCCAGAUCAGCAAUUGAUAGCAACUCAGAGAUUUAGGAAAUUAUUGUCUAAAGAGCCCAAUCCACCAAUAGAUGAAGUCAUUCUUACACAAGGAGUUGUAAACAGAUUUGUAGAGUUCCUCAAAAGAAGUGAAAAUUGUACAUUACAGUUUGAAGCAGCUUGGGCUCUGACAAAUAUUGCAUCUGGAACAUUCCUACAUACUAAAGUAGUUAUUGAAACUGGUGCAGUCCCAAUUUUCAUUGAGCUUCUCUCUUCAGAAUAUGAAGAUGUACAGGAGCAGGCAGUCUGGGCAUUGGGGAAUAUUGCUGGCGACAAUGCGGAAUGCAGAGACUAUGUGCUAAACUGUGGAAUACUUCCUUCUCUUUUACAAUUGCUGACAAAAUCCAGUCGGCUUACAACUACAAGAAAUGCUGUUUGGGCACUAUCAAACUUAUGCAGAGGGAAAAAUCCUCCUCCUGAUUUUACAAAGGUAUCUCCAUGCUUGAAUGUGCUGUCAAGACUACUUUUCAGUAGUGAUCCAGAUGUUUUAGCAGAUGCAUGCUGGGCUCUGUCGUACCUCUCGGAUGGACCCAAUGAUAAAAUUCAAGCAGUAAUUGACUCGGGCGUAUGCAGAAGAUUAGUGGAGCUGUUAAUGCACAGCGAUUAUAAGGUGGUAUCUCCUGCUUUAAGAGCCGUAGGGAACAUAGUUACAGGAGACGAUAUUCAGACUCAGGUUAUACUUAAUUGCUCUGCUUUACCGUGUCUUUUACAUUUGUUGAGUAGUCUUAAAGAAUCUAUAAGGAAGGAAGCCUGUUGGACAGUCUCUAAUAUUACUGCAGGAAACAGAGCUCAGAUCCAGGCUGUAAUAGAUGCAAAUAUUUUUCCUCUACUAAUUGAGAUCCUCCAAAAAGCCGAGUUUCGAACCAGAAAGGAAGCAGCAUGGGCCAUUACUAAUGCCACCUCAGGAGGGACCCCUGAACAAAUAAGGUACUUGGUAUCCUUGAACUCAAUCAAGCCUCUCUGCGACCUACUUACUGUCAUGGAUUCCAAGAUAGUUCAAGUGGCUCUAAAUGGGCUUGAGAAUAUUUUAAGGUUGGGAGAGCAGGAAGCCAAACAGAAUGGAACGGGAAUCAAUCCAUACUGUGCCCUUAUUGAAGAAGCAUAUGGACUGGAUAAAAUUGAAUUCUUACAAAGCCAUGAAAAUCAGGAGAUCUACCAGAAGGCAUUUGAUUUAAUAGAACACUACUUUGGUGUGGAUGAGGAGGACUCCAGUAUUGCUCCCCAGGUGGAUGAGAACCAACAGCAGUUCAUCUUUCAGCAGCAGGAGGCACCAAUGGAGGGCUUUCAGCUAUAACAACUACACAGUUCCCCAGCCCAGGCUUCCUGAUUGUUUAAACUAGUGUGUCAGUUGCACAAGGCUGGCACCUGGACAGAAGGUUCUGUUUUAAUUUAGUGGACUAAAUAUGAGGCAGCUCAGCACUUUUUUUUUUUGCUUUGUUUUUUAAAAAAAUUCUUUAGGUCAACAUGUACCUUUCAUGUAUUUAGUGUGUAUAUCGGUUUAAAAUUGUUUCUCCGUAUGUAAUCCUUGCGAAAGGCAAGCGGAAACCAAUUUAAUUAUUUAAGGUGUUUGUUUUUGGGUUUCCCCACCAUUAAUAAUAUAGUGAAACUGUUUGACACUGGACAUUGGCCUCCAGCUCCUUCAGAGUACCAACUACCUCUUCUGUGAAUCACUUCAUUUGGAAUGAAUAAUGUACAUUUUGGGAUGACUAAAUUCCAUAUAAAGAGAUGACAUAGAACCAUGCACAAAACAAACAACAUAAGGUGGGUAUACAUUAAAUUUCCACUUUUCGAAAGUUUUAAAUUUAAGCAUUUCUCAUUCUCAUACUUCAUUUAUUAAUGCAAAAUGUCUUAUACAGUUAUGAGAUAUUGCAUCAUUAUUUUUAAAUCAAAUUAUGCAUACACUUGAUGAGUUUGGACUCAAAGCUGCAGUUUGGUUUUUUUUAAGUUGGCAGUGAAGAUUGUGACUUGUACAGCAUUUUGACCACAUUACAUGAUUGAUAUUUAUUGUUUUGAAAUAUUUUUGACAAGUUAUCUAUUGCUAAAACAUGCAUAUACAGCAGUACCACUAAACACUUGUUUGAUGCAAUGCGUUUGUGGGAAAAAUGUAUAUUAAGGUAAAAGGGAGAAUAGUACAUGAUGCACUCUGGCUUUUGUUUUCCAAUGCCUUUUCUUUUCAUGUGUAUUUCCUCCAUUAAGUAGAGCCUGUUUUUAGGUGUGUUUUGAUUCUUCAAACCAGAGCUGCACUAAAGGAACUUCUUUAUCAGUGAGUUUGGGGUGGUAGAUUCAUGUUAUGAUCUCCUCAGUUGGAAAAUUAAGGAAGGAAAUUUAAAGAUGUACACAAUCUUAAAUGCUUUGCAUUUUUGUAUGUAUACACAGAGGCAUCAUGGUCUCUGCCUACUUAAUGAUAUGUAAGUAGAGGUAAGAAAUGGCCGAAGAGUAGUUAGCGUGACAGUUCAGGAACUGUCUGCUGGCAUUUUACUGUUGACAUUCAAUUGGUCUCCAGUUUUAGUUUUUUCUUUGGCUUCGGAACGGUUUUGCCAUUUCUUGAAAUAUACACCAACACCCGACGUCCACCACUUCUCCCCCCCCAAUAUAUGAUGUUGCAGGGAAGGAAGUGGGGUUUACUUUUUUGUGCUAUUUUCUUUUUCAGAAAAGAUUUUCUAUUUAUGCUCUACACUCUAGGAAUGAUUUCUCUUCUCUUCCCCAUUUCCCUGAAUAUAGCUGUAGUUAUGGAUUAAGACAUGGAUCUUGUAGGUCCUCUUUUGGGGGGAAGUUAGGGAAACACUUUCAGGAAUACAACUGCUUAAUGGGUGCAGGGCCGGGAUGUAAUGGGAAAGCCCCAAGAUGCUGUAGGCUACCAAGGUACCGGUGGCCAAUGGUCUGCUAUGAAAUACAGUCCUGGCAAAGUGCAACAGGGUGAGGUACAAGUGUAAAAUUGUGGAUUCAAUGCACAAUAUCGCAGACAUUGUGGUGUUCUGAAAAGUCAUCUUUAUUUUGAUUGAUCUUCCUUUUUAAUUGUAUUUUUGACCUAUUGCUUUGAAGAUAGAUGUUCAAUUAUUCUGUUCUGUCAAAAUUGGUUUCAAGGUGUAGCUAUAUUCUACUGGUAACAUAAUGGGAAAGCAUAUGAAGCAUAAUAAACAGUUUUUUCUUUUUUUCUUCA